AUGUCGUACUCGUGGAUAGGGGCCCCGGCCCAAUUCAACGGCACCAAUGCCGAGACAGGUGGUAACUCUGCCACCGAAAAUCUGAACCAAUGGUACCAAUCCGGAGACCAGGCCUUUAUCCUGGUGUCUUCGUGUUUGGUCCUCAUUAUGAUACCCGGAAUCGCCUUCCUCUACUCCGGUUUGGCCAGGAGGAAGUCUGCUCUGUCGUUGAUCUGGGUGGUCAUGAUGUCCUUUAGCGUGGUCAUUUUCCAGUGGUACUUCUGGGGUUACUCACUCGCCUUUAGCACCACGACGACAAACGGUUUUAUCGGCGACCUCAGCAAAUUCGGCCUCAUGAACACACUCGGAAAACCUUCACAAGGAUCACCGCUUAUCCCAGAGCUCCUCUACUCGUUCUACCAGAUGCAAUUCUGCGGCGUCACCGCAGCUCUGGUCAUCGGAGCCACGGCUGAGCGCGGUCGUGUCGUCCCCGCCAUGGUUUUCACAUUCUUUUGGGCCACCAUCGUCUACUGCCCCCUGGCCCAUUGGGUCUGGAACGCCAACGGUUGGGCUUUCAAGUACGGCGUGCUCGAUUACGCCGGCGGUGGCCCUGUCGAGAUCGGUUCCGGAAUGUCUGCGCUGGCCUAUUCUUGGGCCCUUGGGCGCCGCAAUGAAAAGAUGAUGUUGAACUUCCGCCCGCACAACAUCUCGCUUAUCACUCUUGGAACCAUCCUCCUUUGGUUCGGCUGGUUGGGUUUCAACGGCGGCUCCGCAUUUGGAGCUAACCUCCGCGCCGCCAUGGCCUGCUGGAACACUUGCUUGACCGCCAUGUUUGCUGCCAUGACCUGGACGCUUCUCGACUUCCGUCUGGCCAAGAAGUGGUCCCUUGUCGGUUGGUGUUCGGGGACCAUUUCCGGACUUGUUGCAGCGACACCGGCUUCCGGCUUCAUUCCGCCGUGGGCUAGUAUUGUGCUGGGUGUUGUGACUGGUGUCUGCUGCAACUUUGGCACAAAGGUCAAAUUCCUGCUCCGCAUCGACGACUCCCUCGACGUGUUCGCUGAGCAUUACAUUGGUGGUGUUGUCGGCCUCUUUUUCAACGGCUUCUUCGCGGCUGAUUACAUCAUUGGUCUCGACGGCGUCAACACAGGCGUCAUUACGGGAGGUUUCCUGAACCAGAACUAUAAGCAACUGUACAUACAGAUUGCUUUCAUCGUCGCCGCUUCCGCGUACUCGUUUGUCGUCUCGGCGAUCCUGGCCAAGCUUAUCGACCUUAUUCCUGGUCUUAAGCUCCGUGCUGACGAGAAGGCGGAACUACUCGGCAUGGAUGAUGACCAACACGGAGAGUUCGCCUACGACUACGUCGAGGUCCGCCGAGACUACCUUGCCUGGACUCCUGCGGAGAAGGAUCCCAAGGAGGACGGACAUGCCGUCGUGCCACAACUGGGGAUCGAGGGACACCAGACCAUUCACGACAACAUCAUCAAUGGUGUUGGUAGUGUGAGGCACACACCGGCAGUUCCCAAUGAUGCUCACACAGGACAGCAGCACGCCUCGGAGAAGCCCAAGUCGGUUGACCGUUCCUCUGAAUAA